AUGGAGCCUUUUGCUGUUGCAUACAGUGGCGUCUCUUUGUUAACUGUUUUGUUAUUUGGCAGAUACUUCAAAACAAGAGAAGGACUCCUUAAAAGGAAGAAAUGGAAGGAGAGUGUUCGCCUCGGCCCCAGCGGGACCAUAUUCCUUAGAGGCUGGCAUAUUGCGCUUGAGGGGGAGUCCCGUUGGCAAUGCUUUCGGGGCGAUGAGAACCCCCAAGAUGACGCAGGCGAGACGAUGGAUAACGACCCUCCGCAGGGCGACCAUGGCAUACGACUGGAGCUCAUAGAAGAAGGAUCUCAUGGCUGUGGGGACACGUUUCCUCUUGCCGCGGGGCUUUUGCAGCUUUCUACGCAAUGGGAGCAAGCCAAAUCGAACACAUGGUAUCAUAUCAUCAUAUACGAGACUACGCUCCCCAUCAAGGUCAGGAGAUACAUCAAGGUAUUUGAAGAAGGCCAAGAAAGAUGCGUGGUGAUCGAAUGCAACACAUAUUCUGGAAAAGAUUUUAGAGAUAGUCUACCAGACUUUCACUCUGCAAUGCAGAUAAGCAAAGAACUAAAGCUAUUGGAUGCACCUUACAUUAAAGUUCGAUCCAAGGAUAACUGGAAGAAACUCUGUCUUCUUCAGUUCCACCACGCGUGUCUCAGACUGCUUUUCGAUACCCUCACUGCUUUGGAAGUUAACGAGAAAGAGCACGCAGAUGACUCAAACACAGAUUCCGGCUUCGCGGAACUAUGGCAAUGGAAUCUGAAGACUAUCACCCAGCGGUCCUACGAGUAUCGAGAUCUUAGAGAGAUGGCACGCAAACUAAUCAGUACUACCGAGUCCUUGAUCGAUGUAUUCAUGGCCAUUGAGAUGGAAAUACGAGGACUCUGCCGGGAGGCGAACGAAAGAGUCCAGAGCUUGUCAGAUCAAUUAGAUCACGACCUCAAAUAUCUCGAACUAGCCCGGGAUAUCAAUCAGACAAAGGGCAUUCAGCAACUCACACUCCUGGCCACAAUCUUCCUGCCCCUGUCUCUUGCCGCUGGGCUUCUCAGUAUGCAAACAAGAUUCAAGGAUCUCGGGACCCUGUUGUACGACUUCUUCGGCGUGGUGAUGCUACUCGCGGCUAUCGUUUUGAUCAUCAUGAUCCUGUUGAAUCUCAUGACUGUUGUGAAUGAAGUGGACAGUGAACUUAGUGUUCGAAGUUCAGGGUACAGGGACAACAUUCGAGGAAAGCUACUGUCCAUGAUCAACGUUGGGUUCUGCGCAUUUGGAUGUCUGGUAUUAUCAUCCUUCUUGGUUGGAAUGUUCAAAGACGUUUCGCUUGGUGCCAAGAUACUAGGGUAUGGUCUUACGGCGAUAUGUGGUCUAUGGAUGUUUGCGUUUCUGUCAGCGGUUGGGGGUCUUCUGACUCUGUAA